UGUUUCUUAUUUUUAUGAAAUUUUCAAUUUAAUAUUUUUUACUACUCGGACUAAUUACAUAUCGAAACCUUUUCUUUCUGUCUAGUUGAAAAAAGAGAUUUUCACAUAUUACAUAAAUAAUUUCAAAUCUGAAAUGGAUGCCAAAGUUGUACUUUAUCCUAAGAUAAUUUUUUAUCUUUGAAGUUUGAACUUUAGAAGUAAUCUCUCAACGACGCGGCGCGGUAUCGGUUGCCUUCUGGCCUUGUUUUAUUAGUCAGGGCGAACUUUACCAUGGCAGCUGUAAUCCCAGCAGUAACUAGGCUAUCAAAUAGAAUAAUAAGAAUUCUGGGUUGUAACCCAGGUCCUAUGACCCUUCAAGGAACAAAUACUUAUCUAAUCGGUACCGGCAAGGAUCGCAUCCUAUUGGACACAGGUGACAAAGAUAUCAAACAGUAUCAGAAACAUUUAUCUGAAGUUGUAUCUGCAGAAAAAAUAAAUAUUGAGCAUAUUGUACUUACACAUUGGCAUCAUGAUCACAUUGGUGGAGUUGAAAAUAUCUAUGGGACCAUAGCAAAAUCACCUACAAUCUGGAAACAUAAAAGACAUGAAAGUGAUGGAGUUGACAAGGAUUUACCACCAUCCUUACCAUUAAAAUGGUUAACAGAUGGCCAAGAGAUAAAAGUGGAAGGAGCAACUUUAAAAAUACAUCACACCCCAGGGCACACAACGGACCAUGUGGUCCUAACAUUAAUAGAAGACAAUAUACUGUUCAGUGGAGACUGCAUUUUGGGGGAGGGAACAGCAGUGUUUGAAGACCUUUACACAUAUAUGAAAAGCUUACAAAGAAUAUUGGAAUUGAAACCAGGUGUCAUUUAUCCGGGACAUGGAAAUGUUGUUGAGGAUCCUUUGGAAAAGAUCAAAUAUUACAUUGAACAUAGAAAUAUGAGGGAAGAUCAAAUUUUAAAUGCUCUAAAGGAUAAUGCAAAUAAACAUUUUAAUGAAAUGGAACUAGUGAAACUUAUUUACAGAGACACACCAGAGCAUUUGUGGGCAGCAGCCGCAUAUAAUGUUAACCAUCAUUUAACUAAGUUGACAAAAGAGAAUAAAAUUGAAUGCAUUAAUAUAAAUGGGGAAAACAAGUGGAAAAUUAUUUCAGGGCAAAGUAAUUUAUAAAGAUAUUUUUUGGGGGCAAUUUUCAAAGAUAUGCAAAAUGUGAUACUAUAUACUAUGCUUUAAAUAAUUAUGGGUGUUGUUGAUUUGUUACAAAUAAAAAUGAUUAUAUUAUUGUA